AUGCCCGGCCUGUACUGCCCCUCCAGCUGGACUCCCCUGCCCCUCACGGACUCCUGGGUGCGGGCCUACACCAACGGCCCCUGCCUCAGCCUGCUGGCCCGGCUCACCUACCGCAACCCGCAGCCGCAGCCCGUGGACGGAGUGUUCGUGUACCCGCUGGCUGAGGCCGAGGUGGUAUCGGACUUGGAAGCCGAGGCGGCCGGACGGCGCGUGUCCCUCCAGCUGCAGAGCCGGAGCAGGUCUCAGGCCGCCUGCUGCCGCGCGCUGGGCCCGGGCGCGGGGGCAGCCACUCCUCGCCGCUGCGCGCAAGGUCACCUUGUCUUGGAUCUGGCCCAAGCCCGGUCCACACUGGUGCUGCCCACAGGCCUCAUCGCUGCGGCCGGCACCAUGACAGUGACCCUGCGUAGCAGCCGGGAGCUGCCCUCAAGGCCUGACGGGGUGCUGCAUGUGGCCCUGCCCUCCGUGCUCACCCCACUGGCCCCGCCAGGCCUGCCAGGGCCCCCCAGGUCCCCGGGGCUCUGUGACGACAGUCCAACCAGCUGCUUUGGGGUGGGCAGUCCCCAGGAGGAGGGGCUGGCCUGGGAGGAGCCCGUUGCCCCUCGGGACGUGUUCUCAGGCCCUGCUCGCUGCCCUGCCCCGUACACCUUCUCCUUCGAGAUGCUGGUCACUGGGCCGUGCCUGCUGGCAGGCCUGGAGAGCCCCUCUCAUGCCCUGAGGGCAGAUGCCCCUCCUCACGCCAGCUCGGCAGCCACUGUGUGUGUCACCCUGGCAGAGGGCCACCGCUGUGAUCGAGCACUGGAGAUCCUGCUGCAUCCCAGUGAGCCCCACCAGCCGCACCUGAUGCUGGAGGCUGGCAGCCUGAGCUCAGCAGAGUAUGAAGCCUGGGUGAGGGCCCGCCGGGACUUCCAGAGGCUGCAGCACAGGGACAGUGAUGGGGACCGACAGGUGUGGUUCCUGCAGCGACGUUUCCACAAGGACAUCCUGAGGAACCCUGUUCUGAUGCUGAGUUUCUGCCCAGACCUGAGCGUUAAGCCCGGACACCUGGGCACAGCCACACGGGAGCUGCUCUUCCUCCUGGACGGCAGUGUCGUGGCUCACAAGGAUGCCAUUGUGUUGGCUGUGAAGUCUCUCCCACCUCAGACACUUGUCAACCUGGCCACGCUUGGCAUGACUGUGCAGCCCCUCUUCCCAGAGAGCCGACUCUGCAGUGAUGACACCGUUCAGCUGCUCUGUGAGAGUGUGGAGGGCUUGCAGGCCACAGGCAGCACCCCGGAUGUGCUGGCCGGGCUGGAUUGGGCAAUGGGGCAGCCCCAGCACAGGGCCCACCCCAGGCAGCUGUUUCUGCUCACCAGUGCUUCGCCCACAGCUGCCACUACCCACCAGACCCUGGAGUUCAUGCGGUGGCACAGGGGGACAGCCAGGUGCUUUUCCUUUGGGCUGGGGUCGGCCAGCCGCCAGCUGCUCCAGGGACUGUCUGCUGUCAGCCGAGGCCGUGCCUGCUUCCUGAGCUCCGGGGAGAGGCUGCAGCCUGUGCUGGUGCAGGCUCUGCGGAGGGCGCUGGAGCCAGCUCUGAGCGACAUCUCGGUGGACUGGUUUGUGCCCGAUGCUGUGGAGGCGCUGCUGACACCCCGGGAGAUCCCGGCACUCUAUCCAGGGGACCGACUGCUGGGUUACUGCUCCCUUUUCAGGGUGGACAGUUUCCGCUCCCGCCCGCCUGGGGGCCAGGAGCCCGGCUGGCAGAGCUUGGGUGGCUCUGUGUUCCCGUCACCAGAGGAAGAGCCAUCUGCUGCCAGCCUUGGCACUGAGCCCACUGGCACCACAGAGCCACCAGGGACAGGCACAGUGUCAGCAGAGCUGUCCAGCCCAUGGGCUGCUGGGGAUUCAGAGCAAAGUACUGAUGUUCUGACGGACCCAGCCACAGAUCCUGGACCUAACCCCUCCUCUGACACAGCCAUAUGGCGCCGCAUCUUCCAGUCCUCAUACAUCCGGGAGCAGUAUGUGCUCACCCAUUGCUCGGCCAGCCCCGAGCCAGGUCCAGGCUCCACUUGCAGCAGCGAGUCCCCUGGCUCCCAGGGCCCUGGCUCCCCUGAGGGAGGUGCUCCCCCGGAUCCCCCUUCUCAACAGGGCUGCCGCAGUCUAGCCUGGGUAGAACCAACGGGUACCCGUUCCUGCCCCCUGCCUGCAUCCUCAACGGCUUCAUUUAAGGGUGGACCUCUGAGUGCCGAAGGGCUGGGCCAUCAGCGCAGAGCAGUUCUGGCUGGCCGAAGCCUCUCAUCCCCCCUAGGCCAGACCAACCCAGCGCCUGGCCACCACCAGAACCCCUCUCUGGGUGCAGCACCAGAUGGGUCAGGCCAUGAGACAGGGCAGCCAUUGGGACAGGGCCUGGAUGACUCAGGAAACCCCCUCUCGCCAGCCCCCAUGGAAUGGGACAUGUUGAUGGAACCCCCUUUCUUAUUCACGGCCAUGUCCCCCAGUGAAGAGCCAGCCCCUUCAGCAUUAGCAGUGUCUCCCCAGGCUCCCCGCUGCCAUGUGGUGAUCCGGGGCUUGUGCGGUGAGCAGCCUAUGUGCUGGGAGGUAGAUGUGGGGCUGGAGACAUUGUGGGGGUCUGGGGAUGGAUCACAGCCUCCAUCAACUUCUGAAAGAGAAACGACUUGGGACCAAGCACUGCACCGGCUGACAGCGGCCUCGGUGAUCCAGGACAAUGAGAAGCUGGCUCUCCGAGGAGGGGCUGAAACUAUCGCUGACAGGGGCCCUGCCCGGAGGUCCUGGCUCCGAGCCCUUCAGACAAGCAAGGUCAGCUCUGCACCAUCCUGUUUCACCUGCCCUGUAGCUGUAGAUGCUGCCACCAGAGAGGUCCUGCCUGGUGCCGUGCAGGUGUGGACGUCAGAGCCAGCCCAGCUCCCCGUCACUCCGCCGGCCUCUCAGGGCUCUCUCGAUGCAGCCCAGCUGCCCCCAGCGGCCCACUCGCAAGGACUUGAAGCAGACUCUACUGCAGGCGCCUGGGAUCCGAACCAAAAUGGUGACUCCAGGCCUGGGCUGGGUGACUCUGCGGCCCCCGCUGUUGGUCCUCACUGCUCAUCCCUCCAGCCUCUCUCUAGGCUCAGCCUGGGCCGCCGGAAGCUCAAGGGUUCUGACAGCCGCAGGCUCUGCAGCCCUGAGGAGGACCAGGCCAGGGCCGCUGACCCUGAAAGCAGCCACCAUGACUACCUGCCUCUGGUGCGGCUUCAAGAGGCCGCGGGGUCCUUCCGCCUGGAUGGGCCCUUCUGCGCUGCGGUGCGCAUCCCGCAGGAGCGCCUGUGCCGCGCCUCCCCCUUUGCCGCGCACCGUGCCAGCCUCAGCCCGACCUCGGCCUCAUCCCCCUGGGCCCUCUUGGGCCCCGGAGUGGGCCAGGACGACAGCACCACGGCUUCCCGCAGUCCUUCCCCCAGCUCGGGCCCUAAGGGCCCUGGCCAGGUGGACAACGGGCAGGGAUCAAACGCAGGGCCCUCGGAGGGGGUGGAUGGACCGGAGGGGGUGGAUGGACCCGGACGCACUGACCUGCGGGGUCGGAGCUGGGCCACCGCAGUGGCUCUCGCGUGGCUGGAGCACCGCUGCGCCGCAGCCUUUGGUGAGUGGGAGCUGGCCGCUGCGAAGGCUGAUUGCUGGCUGCGGGCCCAACACCUGCCCGACGGCCUCGACCUGGCUGCCCUCAAAGCAGCGGCUCGUGGGCUCUUCCUGCUGCUGCGCCACUGGGACCAGAACCUGCAGCUGCACCUGCUGUGCUACAGCCCCGCCAAUGUGUGA